AUGCAAUUUAGUCAAUUUAAGCAUGCAUAUUGGCUCCGGUUAAGUGCUUCAGUUGAUGUAGUAAGACUUCUUAUAACUCAAGGAUUGGCAUUUCGAGGUCAUGAUGAAUCUAAAUCAUCACUUAGUAGGGGUAAUUUUCUUCAAAUUCUCUCAUGGUAUGCGAAAAAGUGUGAUAAUAUUCAUGAUUAUGUACUAGAACAUGCUCCUCAAAAUGAUCAAAUGACUUCUCCAAUAAUUCAGAAAGAUAUUGUCAGGGCUUGUAAGAUAGAAACAAUUAAAGCUAUUCUUGAGGAAUUAAAUGGUGACUACUUUUCUUUACUAGUUGAUGAGUCUUUUGAUGUGUCACGCAAGGAGCAAAUGGCUAUUGUCUUACGAUAUAUUGAUAGAAAUGGAUUUGUGAUGGAGCGGCUUCUUGACAUUGUUCAUGUUCAAGAUACUAGUGCUUUAUCUCUAAAGAGGGCAAUUGCUAAUUUACUUGCUCAACAUUCCUUAAGUCUAUCAUAUGUGCGUGGACAAUGUUAUGAUGGGGAAAGCAAUAUGCAAGGUGAAAUCAAUGGCCUUAAAAUGUUGAUUAGGCAAGAAAGUAGAUCGGCCCAUUCCAUUCAUUGUUUUGCUUAUCAACUUCAACUAACUCUUGUUGCGGUCUCGAAAAAAUGUAUUCAAGUGGGAAAACUUGUAGUAUUAGUUUCAAAUAUUUUGAAUGUAUUGGGAUCUUCUUUUAAGCGUAUGGAUGAAUUUCGAGAUUCUCAAAAAGAAAGAAUUCAAGAGGCAUUAGAUUUGGGUGAGCUUACAACCGGUAGGGGCUUGAAUCAAGAACUCGGUCUUUCAAGAGCUUGUGAUACGCGUUGGGGAUCUCAUUUUAAAUCUUUCAACAAUUUUAUUCUUAUGUUUGGCUCUAUUCUUAAUGUUCUUGAAUCACUUGUUCUUGAUGCACGAUUAUGGGAUGAAAGAGCCAAGGCAAUGGGAUAUCUUGAAGCUUGUCGAACAUAUGGGGUUGCGUUCAUGUUGCAUUUGAUGAGUGAUGUUUUAGCAAUCACAAAUGAGCUUAAUAAAUGCUUACAAAAAAAGGAGCAAGAUUUGGCAAAUGCCAUGCUACUUGUUGAAGUAGCAAAAAUAAAGUUGCAAGCGUAUAGGGAUGAAGAAUGGGAUUCUCUUAUUGCUAGGGUGUCUUUAUUUAAUUUGUAUCAAGCAUGA